AUGGUGUGGCCCAACCCCAACCCGGUCCUACCUCUUUCCGGGUUCGAGGUCUUUCGGAACGACCUCGUAGCCGAGGACCCUAGGCUGAGCUUCCGGGACGUGCUGGCGAGGUGGGAAGCGCUGACGGACCAGCAGUGGGCGCUAUACGAGGUCCGGGCCUGGGAGGCGAUCAAGGCGUUGCGACCGCCGCAACCGCUCCGCUCGGCGCGUGUGAAACGGUCGACCAAUAUUUGUGUCUGGUCACCGGGGCGCCCUCGAGCCCUGCGCUAA